AUGAUUCGAGCGAUGCAAGCCAGCAGAAAUGAGCCCCAUGCGAGUCACGCACUCAGCAAAGUGGUUACCAUCAGCUUCUACAAUACGCAAGGGGGACGCGCAGACUUCACACUGCUUACCCAAUGGGCAUAUGUGCAUAGUUUUCAGGACGCCGAGGAUCCAGUAGAUGAAGAUCUGCUAGCGCGAAAGUCCAACGUAAUUGCUCUCGAGGUCACAGAAAGUAUGAUCAACGACAACGAUCUCGAUACUCUGCUUUGCGCUAUCAAGGACCUACACACAUUCAAAUCUGAGUACGGCUUUCCGAACAACUCUGAGGGCUUUUGUCGAGCAUCUCGACUUGGAUACGAAGAAUGGAACAUUCGCGCAGUCAUUGAUAUUCUAUUCACUCACGCUCGCCACAGCCUCGCCGUAUUGGAUUCGACGAUGACUGACAAUCAAAAAUAUCUCACGGGCAUCGCUUCGCUGGCAGAAUCUUUGCUGGAGAAGCUAAGAGCAGACACUAUGGUCUUCGUCGAAUCGGAAGUAGAAAAACUCUUUAUCACAUACGUUCUGACGUACCUGACAGACGAGCCUUUCGUACGAAUUAUGAAUGAGGCGGAGGGAUACCCACCGGCACACGUGCGCCAGUUCGUGGAUAUACUCCCAGCAUCGCUGGAAGAGCUUGUGCUCUUCCAAACUAUGUCGGCGUAUGCAGAUGCAGAGCGAAUAUCUGAUGGGAUGCUCAAACACAAGCGGGAGGAGCUACCUGCGUUGGCAAAAACCUUUUGGGAGGGACUGGAGCCGCAGACCUUGGGCGAGAUGUGGUAUUGUAAGGGGCUUGAUAUGGACGUGUCCUGGUAA